GUUGUCAUUUGUUUGAGGGGGGGGGGUACUUUUCAUUCUGAUAGUUCUUUUUCGACGCCCUUUAUCCUCAGGAUCAAUAAACUGGACCUUCUUUGCAACAACAUCAUUACAGCAUGUAGCACAUUUGCAUUGAUAUACUUACCUACGAUCAUGACUUCGAAGCGACGCCUUGGAGUUUUUCUUUUUACAUGAUUAUGUUCUUUCCAUCUGGUGGUCAUGGUCUUCGCGCUUUGUUCUUGUCGUUGCCUCUCUUUUUACUCCAUUUGCGCGUCGAGUUUUUCCCACUAACUCAGGCUGAGGUCGUUCUCGGGCCCCGGCUGCCGCGCCGGUGGCCGGCACAACUACAAACCACGAGUUUGAUUGGGCAUGAUCUUCCACACGAUGACACGGUCGUUUCAUCCUCCGUGGCGGCCGCGGCGGGUGCCGGGGCAGGCGACUCGGGUCGUUACGUGAACCUGACUCAGUUUUCCGAUCCCCAGGGGCGAGAUCUGCCGAAUGUCCUGCCGGACUACGACUGUGAGCGUGUCUAUGGAAGUGUCAGAAUCGAAAUCGACAAAAUCGAAAAACUUGUAAUGCAUAAGAUGUAGGGCACGCGUGGCCUGUGUUGGGGAGCAAGCAAAUGAGACCGAUUGCAAGCCUGUUUAGAGGAAGACGAUGCGCUCCCAGAGUAGCAUGACAGGAGCAGUCUUCUUUGCCCAAACAGCAUGACAAACUGGAUCUUGGCGCUCCCGAAAUUUGUCAUGCGCCACCUGACCAGGGUGUAAAGAAAAGAAAGUGACAACGCCCUUUUUUUCCAGGGUGUAAAGAAAAGAAAGUGACCAUUGUUUUUUCCAGGGUGUAAAGAAAAGAAAGUGAUCAUUGUUUUUUCCAGGGUGUAAUUGUUUUUUCCAGUGAUCAUUGUUUUUUCCAGGGUGUAAAGAAAAGAAAGUGACAACGCCCUUCGAUUUGUCGGUCUGCUCUUCGUGUGAAUCGUAGAACUACGUCGCACUACGUUGCACUUCGUAAAGUGGUGGCGAUAGGUUGCGAGCGUCUGGGUUUUGAUUUUUUCAGGAUCUUGCUUAGGACCUGUCAUUUCUGUAGCACCUGUUCUGACGCAGGGAAGGGCAAGCAGAGGCGGCUUGCUUUGGACCCUGUGGCUAUGCGGAGGUUGAGUGAGGCACUACGGAGGCGGUAGUAGUGCAUUGCUCUGAAGCCAGAGGUGAUUGAGGGUCUCGGCUCGCUUUCCCUCAGGCAACUCCCCAGAUCGGUUGGUUCACCACUAAAACGGGCGGUGUUUCUCCAGAUCUUGGUGGUGACCGGUUGAGACACCGAUCGCCAGCUACUUACAAGCAGGAAUAUAGAUAGUACGUUAGACAGUCACUCGCUCGCCUAAAGAAGCGAGCACACGAUUGAUUUUUUCAGGAUCCGCCUUGUUUGUUUGGGCUUGCUCGUGAUGCUUGCAUGAGAGAGCUCCCAUUUCUGGUGGAGGCGCCGCCCUGGUUGCGGAUUUGGGUGGACACAGCUCUCUCAUGUCGGAGCACCGGUAUGCCGCUGGGGAGUGCAGCUUGCUCUUUGCAGCUUGCUGGAUCUGUCCGGAUUAGCGCAGCAGAGGCUUUGCGGCCUCUUACCUGCGUUUCACUGCCACACGCAUAAGGACCUCCAGGGCCGUGCAUCACGUUCGGCCUCUUGACUUUAGACGCAUGCCGUACGUCUGUCCCUCAUGCAGCAUGGGCCCCGACUCAUGUUGCAUGUUGUAGCUGCCCCGCGCCGCGGCCCUUUCGUUGCGCCUUCUAUCACCACUCCAUUGUCGAAAGGCCUACUUCUGUAUGACAAGCGCUUUAGCAGUACUAGUGGCUAUCCUUAACCUUAUGCCAUCUUAGCUUACGACUUUAGUCUGUUUUGUUUCCUUAAUUACUUAAUGACGAUGAUGAUGCUUAAGUUAUGGUUGAUUGUUUUAUUUUUCAUUAAGAGGCCUUCGCGCCACCCGGACGUCCUGCCGGUAGACCACCAAUGUCAUGCGCCACCUGAAAACUGAGGCUUCAACUGGUAUCGAUUUUGCGUAUCACAAGUUUUUCGAUUUUGUCGAUUUCGAUCCUGACACAUUCAUAGUGUCCCGGAAAUCCAGUUCCGCUAUGUCGUCGGCGCCCCGGGACAGGAGGAUGAGGACGUGCGGAACUUCGAUCCGGACGAAGCGCUUGCAGGUGACGUCCCCGCUUCCAGUGUCUACACGGAACAGAUCGAUUUCGACCGCUGGUUCCGCGAGCACCAGGAACGCAGUGCGGCGGUGCGGAAGUUGUUUGAGCAGAAGGAGCACUUCGUCCAUCGGGAGGGCGAGUACUCCGAGGCGCUGCGGCUGCUGCUCAACACUGACGAGGCGAUGGCGCUGCGGCGGGCCCAGAUGAU